AUGCUCUCGCUACUAGACUUUUUCGCCACUUACGUUCUGCAUGGUAGACAGGCCCCUGCUGCAGAGCACGCGCCUGUCCCCUCUUCCAAAGGCGCCCGGCAUGCGACGGAGAGUGAUUGGAAGACUUAUCUGCUUCGGCUGACGCAGAGAGUUCAUGCCCUUCACUGCAGGGCCCGGCAAGAUUCCAAACUAAACGCGCAUGGGAUUACCGACGCCGUUCAAAUAUGGAACGAUCUCGCAAGUUGGAAACCGGGCAAGGAGCAAUUAUCUACAGAUGAGGAAAUUAUGUUGUUCGGAUCCUGCCAAUCCGCAAUCUUUAUCUGGACAUACUUUCUCAUGCACCCAGACGACAUGGAGGGGUGGAAGGCACGGCAAUCUUUGAAGGAUAUAUUGUCGAACUUGGCGGAAAUCGAAGUGCCCGAGCUUGCGCCGCUGAUGGCAAUUCCACUCUUCUUUGCUGGACUCACUGCUACAGAGCCGGAUGAUAUAAAAAUAAUCAACGAGAUGUAUGAACAGCUGGAGGAAGUUACGCAACAUAAAGCUCUCAAAGACUCAUGGCGUAUCCUCCAAAGGGUCUGGGGUGAGGGUUAUAGAGGGACUCGACCUAGUUGGGACUGGAUUAGGUAG